AUGGAUACAUCCUAUUCCGAACAAGCUCGUCUUCUUUCGCAAUUUGCUGAGGCAGCAAAACAGGGCAAAAAGAAGUUUGUGUUUGUGAAUGCCUCUAUAAAGCCACACUUGAAGCUGGCUAGCACCACAGGGACGAAUAGAAAUCUCGAUAUUAUUCUUUUCAGUGAAAUUGAGGAGCAAUACGCAGCCCUCGCUCAAAUGCUCACAACGCUAAACGUGCCCCAGCAGGCCAACAACGUUAACUGCAACUAUUAUGACUACUAUAAAAACCUUCUCUCAUGCACGCUCAGUGAUCCUGGCUUUCUGACCAGCCUCCUCCAAUCUCUGGAUCUCUACGGGAUGGGAGUUCGCCAAGGAAUGCAGCAUCCACCUCAGCACCACCAUCAUCUCGUUGGACAAGGCGUCUCCCCAAAUCCAAUCCCUCAUGCAAAUCUCCACCAAUACCUAACUGCUGCAGCCAUGCUCAACUCUGCCCCAUUUCCUAACGAUGGGUCGGGCGAUGGUCCAAAAAACAAAAUUCGCAACUCUGCAUAG